UACUCACUUUUUAAACACUCCUUCAAGGCGCAGGACGCAUGAAGCACACGUCAAAGGGAACCGAGCUGCCUCAUUGAAACGCUGAUCUUUUGGAGCCACCUUUCAUUUUUUAUGCGCGCAUGUAUUUUCCUUGAAUGAUCUCAUUUUGCAGAAUCGGAGGUGCGCUUUCUGCCAUGAUGCUCGGAAUUUGCGGGAGUUGUUGUCUCCAAACUCUGGAUUAAAACUGGGAUUUCUGUAGGAAAAACUAAAGAGGAAACAGAACAAACCUGUCUGUUGGGAAGCUGCGAAGGAGCGAAAUGGAGCUGAUUUCUGCACUGAUUCUUGUUGCGUUUUUAGUUUGGGCUGACGGUUCAACUCUGCAUCCCCCAAGUCAUCGCUCCUUGAAGAAAACCUACAGUCCGUCUUCUAAAGGCUCACUGUGUAACCACAUGCUGAGGCAUCUUCACAAUGGGGCCCGGAUCACCGUGCAGAUGCCUCCAAACAUAGAGGGCCACUGGGUGUCCACCAGUUGUGAGGUGAGGCCUGGUCCAGAGUUUCUAACUCGCUCCUACAGGUUUUACCCCAACAAUACCUUCCAGGCUCACCAGUUUUACUACGAGGACAACCACUGCACCAAACCUACCUACACGCUGGUUAUUCAUGGUCGACUGCGCCUGCGUCAGACCUCCUGGAUAGUCCGCGGAGGCACGGAGGCAGACUACCAACUCCACCAGGUCCAGACAGUGCUUCACACAGCCGCUAAGGCCAAAGAGCUGAGCCAGAGACUAAACCGCAGUUGCCGAGGGGCUAUGAAAGGCCCCUGGGUGCCCGACGUGAUGUACGAGCUGUGGAACGAAGAGGGAGGCUACGACUGCUCUAGAGAGCUUAACUUUACCAUGCAUGAGCUGCAGCUGCUACGAGUGGAGAAGCAGUACCUGCAUCACAACCUGGAUCACCUGGUGGAAGAACUGUUUCUGGGAGACAUCCACACUGAGCCCACGCAGCGGCUCUACUACAAACCCUCCAGCUACCAGAUCCCCCUGCAGAACGCCAAGAACCACGACCAUAGCUGCAUCAUCUGUCGGAUCAUCUACCGCUCGGACGAGUUCCACCCUCCCAUCCUGCCGCCACGAGCUGACCUGACCGUGGGCCUGUACGGUCAGUGGGUGAGCCAGCGCUGCGAAGUGCGGCCAGAGGUCCUCUUUCUCACGCGCCACUUCGUCUUCUACGACAACAACCACACCUGGGAGGGGCACUACUACCACUACUCUGACCCUGCCUGCAAACACCCCUCCUUCACCAUCUUCGCCCAGGGCCGCUACAGCCGAGGCCUGCCCUCCACCCGAGUGAUGGGAGGGACAGAAUUUGUCUUUAAAGUGAACCACAUGACUGUGACGCCGAUGGAUCUGUCCACUACCUCCCUCCUUAACGUCUUCAAAGGCGAUGAGUGCGGCGUUCAGGGCUCAUGGCAGGUCGGGGUCAAACAGGACGUCACUGUGACCAACGGCUGCAUGGCGCUGGGCAUCCGGCUUCCCCACACAGAGUACGAGCUCUUCCGCAUGGAGCAGGACGUCCACGGCCAGUACCUGCUCUACAACGGCCAGCGCCCCAGCGACGGCACCAGCCCGGACCGCCCGGAGAAGCGAGCCAGCUCCUACCAAAUGCCCCUGGUCCAGUGUUCGUCCAGUAGCCAGCGGCACGAUCGCAGCAGAGAGGAAGACAAUGUGGAAGAGGGUCUGCUGAAUCAUAAUGAUGCCUUCAGAUGGCAUGGAGGCUGCAGCAAAUGCAUCACUGUACUGCUCAUCACAACUCUGCUGCAACUUUGUCAAAGUUAGACAGCAAACAGUGAGGGUUAACAAAAACCCUCCAGAACUAAAGCUUAAAAACUUUAUGUUUGGAUGUAAAAGAGGGUAAGAACUAAAUUUCUCUCUAUCUACCAAAGACUUGGCACUGCUGCACCGUGGGACCUCCACUUUAGAGUGGAACCACUAGGGUCUGGGUCCACGACUAGAUUAAAACUCUCUUUAUACCCAACAUGUAUCACAUUAUGGGUUCUUACAGAAAAAGGAACAGCUGGACGUGUUGAAAGACUUUCCUGGAAACGUCUUAGGAGAAAAGCUCCAGAGCUACUGUUGACUGUAAAAAGUGAGCUGCAGCACUUUUUAUAGGUGUAUCUUAAUAGAUUAGAAAAUCUAAAAAGGUUAUUUUGUUUUAGUGAUUCAAUUCAAACACUGAAACGGAUAUUAUACAGAUUAAUUAUACACUGAGCAGAAUAUUUCCAACAUUUAUCUUUUCAUGUAUGGGCUUAAGGUUUAUGGCUGACAGAGAACCUACAGUUUGGUCUUUCAGAAAGUUCGAUUUUGGAUUAUAUGUAUUACCGGUGUCUUGAUUUUUGUGUUUUUGUUCAUUUAAUACCUUUAUUUUACAAGGAGGUGACUUGCUCAUUUUGGACAACUAAAGAAACAGGACUAAAACACAACUGCAGUUGGAAAACUACAACAAAUGUAAGGAAAGAGUGAUACAUAGUGGGCCUCUCUUAUCUGUGGCCAAAAAGACCACAUUGCACCUCCUGGACCCAGUGUUUGACAUCAUUGAGGAAGCUCUCCUCAAACACACCAGAGUAGGCCUUAACAGGGAUGAGAAGAGCGAUCCCUUAAAAACUGUCUGCCACUCACACUGUGUUGUCCUGAUCCUCGAUGUGGCAAUGGAGACGCAUUUCAACCAUGACGAAACAACAACGCCCAGAACCUUCAUCAUCUAAAAA